GCAAUGGUCCAGCUCAAAUCGCUCACGUCCAGAGAGAAUUCUCUCCAGUCAAUUCAUAAUAAGGCAGAGGUUACACAUUAAUUCACCACUAAGAGUUCUAGUAUUAGCACAAAAAGAGAAUGAAACGGAUCAAGGCAGUCCUUGUGGUGCAGACAACACGCGACACGUCCCAUCGGAUUUGAAAUCCAUCAACAAGUGAUGAUUUAUUUAGUUUCAGAUCAGAUUUGACUCCCCGCCAACUUACCCUCAGCGCAAACCACGUCUUUCAUUCAAGGAAAACAACUUCCUGUCCCGUUCAGUCAGUCGUCAGAAGGCUGCUUAUUGGACAUGAUGAAAUACGCAGUGGUAAUUCUCGCUGUACUUAUUCAAGGUAAACCUAUUUUGGUUCAUUUUCAAUCAAUUGUAACGCUUUCACUUGAUGAACUCCAUUUACUUACAGUUCGGAUAUCAGAAUUAUUAGCCAACGUUUCUUUGUUGAAUAUGCAGCUAAACAUUUCUUUCACUUAGAAUAAAUCGGACCUCAUGAUAGCACGCGUAAGCACCUUAAGUGAAACCUGAAGCGAAGACAGUGAUAAAAUGUACAGUAUGAAAAUCAACGAUGUAGUGAAGUAUACAGGCAACAAAGCACUUACGUGUGGUCCAAAUUCGUUGUUUACGACAUGAUGGUUGGCUUUGCAGAUUUUGUAAAACCCUAAGAUUAUCUGACAAGCAUUUGAUUUAGGAGUUGUCAUUCGCUUUAUUUUCGUAAUAUCGCGCGAUUGCUUGCAGUGAGCGUAUGACCAAUACCUUCUUCUUUUCUGACCCAUACCUAUCCUGUUUUGUUUUUAAAAUGGCGCUGCACAUCUUGAUUUCGGUCAAUGACCGUUGUAUAUGGUGUCCCGAGGUGUCCCGAUAAAAGAAGUAGAGCCAAACAGUUAUAUUUGACAAAAAUAUGUAAUUCAUUUUAUAGGCAUUCAAUCCAAAAACUGCACCCGCACAAACACAAAAAAAGAUUUUUGUGCUAAGUCAUGCGAUCCUUCCCAAAACAGCCCUUGCAAAGGAAAUAGACUUUGCCUGUGCGAUGGCGACUGUGGCUUUAGCUGCGUCAAGGCAGGUGUGUAUCUUAAUUGCAACAUCUUUGUCUUUUCAGCUUAUACUGCCUGUCCAUUUUGUAGUUUCAUGUCCACGGGAUUGAUAGGAGUGGUUGAUUCUUAUUUAUUUUUCAAAGGAUCAUAUUCCUAACCGUGUGAUAACGGGAAGAGCGAGGAGGAAGUAAAUUGUGAUCCCAUCAACGAUCACCUGACAUUUUAAACGAAAAUUUUCUUAUUCCAUGUUUUGAUUUUUUUUCAUUUUUAUUACAAUUGAUUAAACAAAAUAUUUCCCUUAAUACAUCAUCCGGAUAUACUGGUAGAACAAUAAAGAAAACCUUUAUACACUGUUAUAGAACGUGCUCUAGGAUAAGCCGUUUCAGCGUGAUUCUGUAAAAACUUCCACUUUCCUCAGAGCUACCCGGCCACGCUGUAUAAAGGUUACUACCCCCCCCCCCCCCCCCCCCCCUCCCCACAAGAAAAAAAAAAAAUUCAACCAUAUACAAGACACAUAUUCAAUACUGUGAUUUGUAUGUUGACUACACUCUAGCAUACGCGCAACCUUGUGAUACACAUUGUGCGCUCCACCUACCUACGCAACCCCCCCCCCCCCCCCCGUAGUAACGAAUCUAAAGAAAAUAGUUUCAUCUGUAUGGAAAAUAUUUUGAAUUGAGUGUGAUUAGUCCUGAAACACUUCAUUUGGAUCAGUGUGGACUUUUUCAAUCCAUGUUCAUCCUCACCAUCUCAUUGCAACAGACGACAAGAAAAAGAUUAAGUGCUUAAAUGUUGUUUUAAAUAACAAAACUGAACCAUUACAUGUAGUUUUGGAAUUCAAUUGAUGCAGAGACACUCUUCAUGGUGAUCAGUCUCUCCCACUUAUAGGCCACGAGUCAGUAUGCAAAAGGCAAAGAAAAAACAUACCCCGCCCAACCCCCACCCCCCCCCCCGCUUUCAGUGCCUGUUUCGCGCUCGUACAUCAGACUUAGCCAGAGAGAUAUGGCUUCAUAAACUGAUAUUACCAAAGAACAAACGUUGUAAUAUAUUUGCACAUGUUUCUUUCUCUGUGGUAGAUCGCCGUUGCCCGACGCCUGAGAUACCAGCUAACGGACGAGUUCGUGGCAAAAACACUACCUUUGGCUCCGUUAUCAAGUAUCGAUGCUCUUCCAGUUACAAACUACAAGGGCCUAAAACAAGAACGUGCAGAGGAAAUGGGAAAUGGGACGGAGAAACGCCAAUCUGCAGUUAGUUGAACAGUAUAGUAAUGAUUCCUCUAUUUAGUGUCCUCCUCUCACACAAGCAAUUCUUCCCCCUUACAGUCAACUCUCGCCUUUCGGAUACCUUGCUAUGACGCACACCCCGAUAAUACAGACAGCAGCUAAAUCCAAGGCAAAAAUAAUUUACAGACGAUUGACUGAAAUAAACUCCUGCUACUACGGACUCUCGGUAAUGAGAACACUAACUCGAGGUCCCAACAGUGUCCGCCAUAAAGGGAGUUGACUUUAUUCAGAAAAAAUCACUCCCUUAUUGAACUCUGUUGUAACAAACAAACAAAGGCUUUUACAGUCAACUCUCGCCUUGUGGGCAUCUCUUUAUUACCGACAUCCCGCUAAUACGGACAGCUGCUGAAUGCCCGGCGAAAAUUUCAGACGUUUGACUGAAACAAACUCCCGCUUAUUCACAAACUCUCGCGAUUACGGACAUCAAUCAACAUCUUGCGGCAACAUUUUGGUAGAAUUAUCUCAGAAUAUAAUUUAUUUCUUCCUCUUCCUCUGUUCGUCUCUGUCACCUUGGUUGAAAAGUGGGCAUUCCGAUUUCUGUUUAACAUCAUGACUCUAUGAAACUACCGUACUUACUUGCAAAAAACAGUCAGGAUGCACUUAAUGUACAUCAAUUGAAAUUUUAAUACUGUACUUUAUGGUUUCUCAGUAGUACUGUAUCUCAUGAACGCCGACGUUGUAACCAUAUCAACACUAUCCAAGUAUUCCAUACUCCAGUUUUAAAUUAAUGGUAUCACAAAAAAACUCUCUUUCAAUCAGAGGGAAGGUGUACAGACCCUGGAGACAUAUCCAACGGGAGAAAACAAGGCAAUAAUUAUGAAAGUGGACAGAAGGUGAAAUACACAUGUUCCAAAGGUUUUACAAUGCAAGGAAGCAGUACCUUGACAUGCAAGAGCACAGGCAGUUGGAACCGACCUAAACCCAAAUGCGUUUGUAAGAGAACCAAUACGAAGGCUUUCAGAUACUGCAAAAAAUCCUGCAAUCCUAAGAGAAGAGAUUGCAAGAAAAACAAUGAAUGCGUGUGUGAUGGCGACUGUGGCUACAGCUGUGUUGCAAAAGGUACUCGUUGUUUCUGUACUUGAUUGUUACUUGAUUGUACAUACACAGGUACUGCUACUGUGGCGUGUUAGUCAUUAGUUCUCUUCGACAUGAUUCAAGAGAUUACUUUGACGUUACGGUGCCUGAGCAUGCGUGCCUCUAUGCCUCCGUAAACCAGCCACAGCCUCGACCCAGUUGCUCUAAGCUCAGUUAAAACUAACCCCAGAGAACCCCAGAGGAUUAAUUCACCAAUAAGCGUGCGUUUUUGUCUGCUAUUCUGCAUUUUACUGGGUCUCCGAGUAAAGCACACCAGGGCUCAACAGUAAUUUUAGAAGCCAAUUUGCAUUUUCAAGGACAAAAACGUUUCGUUUGAUCAUGAUAUUUAGCUUAAUCCUGAUUUAGCUUUGCGAGCAUGGAUUGUACUUUUUAAGGACCGCUUCAUUUGUGUGCUUCCAGUCGGCUAUUUUAUGCUACUUCUUUAGGGAUGGUAAUUAGCUGCAUUUAACUGACUUCGCCUCUGUAGGUUUAACUUGUAGCAGACCAGUGCAAAUUGACAAUGGUAAUAGACAGUAUACCUCCACAAAGUUUUGGUCGUCAGUCAAGUAUACGUGUAAUAAACCCUACACCCUUGUCGGAGCUCAAACUCGAACUUGCCGUGGAAUAAGAAGUUGGGAUGGCAUCGAACCCGUUUGCAGUGAGUAUAUGUUCGCCAGCGGUGCUCUGCUGCAUGGUUUCAUAGGAUUGAAGGUCACUUAUAUAAUUACAAAUUAGCACUUUUAACUUACUUUUGUUGUUCUGAAUAAAUAAGACAUGUAUUUUUUUGAAAAUAAAGAAAACUUGACGGUGUAAAUCAGAGCGGCUUAGAGAAAGAAAUUAAAACUGAAUUGAGAUUGUGUUGAUUGUUUGAUUGUGAUAAACAUAAUUUGUUAAAGCAAAACGUCACUAAGUCUUUUGAAUUGAUUUCAGCGUGGUUGUUCACUAAUUAAUAGACCAUGGGCAACGACCCGCCGGGGAGGGGGGGGGGGGUUACUUGACUAAUAUUUUGGUAUAUGAGAGCCCCUGGGGAUUUGAAACUCUGACCCUGUUUAGGACGAAAACAAAUUCUAAAACACCACCCUCUUUAGGACAACACCCUUAAUUGUACUACCCUGUUAAGGGCAAAGGACAAAAUGCACGCCGCCGUAUUGGCAAAUGCAUUACAGCAAAUUCACGUUAUAGUCAUUUCCUUUGUAUUGUACAAAAUUGAUCCAGCAAAUGAAACCAGUCGUGUGCAAGCAAUACCCUGUUGACAGGCUGUCACGAAAUUGCAUACCUCGUUUAGGACAGAGAGGUCAGAAACCAUACCCUGCCAGCGGCACAUCCCCGUAUAGGCCAUAUGAGGGAGAACCCCUUCCAACCCCCCCCCCUCCCCUCACCACCCUCGCUUGGGGCCAACGACUCAUCACGGUGAAGCUUUGUAUAAAAUAAAAUGCAUUCUGACAUUGCCUUGCACUUUUAAAGCUAAACUAAACUUUGCUCUAAAUGAUACACCGUGGUAAAGUAUUUCAUACUUUUAGAAAUCAUCUGCCAAGACCCAGGAGAUAUAACACACGGGAGUAAACAAUCCUUUCGUAGAAGUUACGACGAUGCUUAUGCUACCGUGGGAGACAGAGUAGAGUAUAACUGCUAUCCAGGCUACAAAAUGGAAGGCUCUCAGCUGGUCUGCGAUAAAAACGGAAAAUGCUUUAAGCAGCUGGUCUGCAAUAAAAAUGGAAAAUGGAGCGGAUCCAAACCAAAUUGCACAGGUAGGUGGACCUAAGUGCCUCUUCAGCCGCACUUCAUGAAGUACUUUAAAAUCAGGUCAUGUGCUGACGAAAAAUGAGCAACGAGUAAUAAACAUAUACCGGCCCAAGUAUAACACGAUAUAUAUGCUGCUUUCAACCUUAAAGAUACAUUGUUUGAUAUACAUGUACAUGUAGUUCCAAAUAAGCCAAUUGUAAUAUAAAAUGUAUUUUUCAAAACUAGAAUGGGGAUGCUCGUGAUAGGCUCAACUAGCCUUUUUCCCGAUUUAAUUCGAAUAAGAAUUCGAAGUCGACUCAGAAUACCUUUUAGGUUUCAUUUGUUUUUGUUUACAUUUGAUGUUAUGUUUUUUAUUUUUUUCGUUUUCCCCUUGCUUUGCAAUAGUACCAACAUGUGGUCCUCCUCAACUUCCACCAAAUUCUGAGUUAUGGCGCUCUCAAAGUGGUAAAACUUCUUACAACUAUAAGGAAAGAGUGGCGAUUAAGUGCAAAAGUGGAUAUUUCAUCAGAGGCUUUGGAUAUAGAACAUGUGAUAGUUCCGGAUGGACUGGACCCAAAUUUUCUUGUUCUCGUAAGUUACAUUAAAAUAAUUUUAAAUUUUUGCAUUCACAAAACUUUUCCCUCCAUAAACCUGUUUUCGUAAGGUUAUGAAGACACUUAUUCUCAUGUGAUUGUGGUCCGGUGAGCUUACGUCACGCAAAUCGAGGUGAUCGUUACAUUGGAUUUGACUUGGAUUUUCAAGUAGACAAAUGAUAACCUGUUUAAUCAAGUCUUUCCUGCCUUUGAAAAAGCUUAUAAAAUUAAACUAAAUUUGUGCAAAGAACAUGUCUUUGGAACAAACAAAUAAACAGCCUUUAAAGAAUAAUUAAGGCUCCAAUUUUCUUCCACAAAUAACGUCAAACAAACAAAUCCAAAAAUAUGGGAGGGGGGCCUCGGUUUCCUUCAAACAUCCUAUGGCGUUAUCUGCCGGAUAAAUCACUUUCCAGCGGUGUAGUAUACAAGGGAAAACAACUGCGUUAUCGACUGGGAUGUAAUAUAUCAAGCAUGAGAAGCAGUGUUUCAUCACUCGAUAAAACACUGAGAAGAGAGUUGAAAAUAACACCAAAAUAGCGCUAACUCGCCAAAAACGCUUCAAAACGGCCUGAGACGCGGGCAAACAACAAAGAAUACAACAAGGCAAUUAGGUAAGUCGAUUUUAAUAAAAAACGUAACAUUUUUUUUCUCUUUUAAGAAAAACUGUUUACAUCCCAUAGAAGCCUUUAUAAAUAACCGUUUGUAACACAACACCACUCGCAAGCAAGAGUCACGUCCGCGUUCAUGUAAUGAGCUUGGGCCGCCUGUGGUCGGGGACACUUUACUCCGCCGGCUAUGAGUUUUGCAGAGUGGCUGCUCUCCAUAGGCAAGCCCCUGGCAAACCAGUGUCGAAAAGUUCUCUACAAUACAUGCCGCUAAAUUUCCAAAAAACAAAAAGAAUCUUUUCAUUUCAAAAAGUAAACAAAUGACUUGUCCAUGGCGGCUUUAGCUAGUGUCGAGUACCGAUGUUCUGAUUUACGUUGAUGUUAUCUCUAACAAACAGUCCAUUUCUUUCCAGUCAGAUACGAACGCGGUCAUUCCCAAUAAAUUGGCCUUUACUAAUCUCCACUGCUCGAUCUCCAGUUAUAUUUUGAAGGGACUCAGAUCUAAUAAACCUUCGCACAAACACGAUUCAAAUAAGUAUCAGUCCAAAGCAUUUGCAAUCUACUACCACAAAUCAGACCAGACCAGAUAUGCGACGCACGUAAACAAAACAUACCUGGUUUGAUUGAUGUAUUGAUAACCUGUGUAGCAGGCGCUAUUUACUCAAUACUACCAGCAUUGCACCAAUCAGAAGCUCAAAUUGAUUUUGUUCAAGCGAUUCAUCUCGAAGCUCAAAAAUUGACCUUUAUAUCCUAACUUUAUACCCUUUACUCCUUUACUCCCUCACUUAUUCAUGUGUUUCUUUCAGUAAAAAAAGGGUUGUUUACAUUUAUAGUUAUACACGUUAGAGCAAGAUGUAAACUUUCAAAGGUCAUCGAAACUCGCUGAUGCUAACAUCAAUCGUGCUUGUUUAAUUGGUGAAGACACAGAAAUUAGGUAUAACACUCGAUCAUUCACAAAUUUAAUGAUAACGAUGCAAACAAAAGCAAAAACUGUACACCGCAAGCGGUCGUCCUUCUUUCCUAAGAACCACCCGCGGAAAAAGAAAAAGUAAAACUAUGCAAAUUUAUGACAAAAAAAAAAAAGAAAAAAAAAAAGAGGAGAGAUUUGGACGUUGAGAGGAAAUUCCCUCUUAUCUGCCCUCUCGCCAAUGAGGAAAAUAAGGCCAAUAACGCCAGUGUUUUCGUCGGACGAGUCUUCUUCAGUUAUCCUAAUCCGAAAUUUAGAACUCCAAAGAGGCGAACCAGAGAAAGGAAUAGAUCUUCAAACGCACUCUGCAAACGCACUCUUUAAACGCACUCUGCAAAGAUCGACAAACAGGCUUUAUGGACCACGCAAUGUCGUCUGGGUUACUGGGUCAAUUAUUGAUAGUGUUCGUUUUUUGACGGACACACAGGCAGCCCAGUUAAUAAAACCAGUCUGUAUGCAUAAACAUCUGGAAACGACUGGCCAUGUGCUCUGGUUUAGUCCGCUGGCCUUAUUUUACGCAUACUCUUAGAUCUUGUGCACGCACUCUGUGCGCCAUUGAGUGAUUUGUGCCAGGAUAAUAAAAGAAAAGAAAAAAAACGGAGCCCAGUUUUUAGUUUGGCCGCACCCAUGGAAACGCCCUAGCAGUAAUGAAUGUUGACGGUCAGAAAGCAACAUUAGUCUUGGAAACUGGGAGAAUUUGGCGGUUACUGCAUGGCCUCAUCAUGCUUAAACUUCAUCUGCUCAUAGCCAGAGUGCACAAGUCAUUUUUCCGAUACUGAGGUGUUUCGCUCGUAUCUUUUCAGCAAAAUCCUGUGGUCAUCCGGGUAGCAUUUCAAAUGGAGAGUUGAAAUCUUACGUCUUUACUUUCAAGAGUAAAGUUCAUUACCACUGUAAUCAUGGAUACAAACUUGUUGGAGAUAAAUUUCGUCAGUGUCAAGCUAAUGAACAGUGGAGUGGAAGACAGCCCAAAUGUGAACGUACGUAUUGUAAAUAAAAUGUUAACUAGUGGGCUACCACAAAAUAAACAAACGAAGAAAGGAAAACCCCAAACAAACGAAAUUGAUGUAUGGAUAAACCAUUGAAUGGAAACUUUAAUUACCAAUUUAAACUGACGAUACGUAAGCUAAGUCAGGGCACCCAGUUACAAUCGUUCAAUUAAGUUGUUUUGUCAUUAAACUACUCAAACUCAAAAAAAUUGUUUGUAAUAAAAUGCUUCAAAUGCAAAACAACACUCGGUAGAAAAUGUAAGGAACUGUUAAAACUAGCAGUACGUACUGCUGUGGUUUAACAGAGCUGGUAUAUUUUGAAGAUGAAGUCAAACAUAAAUAAUAAUAAUAUUUAAUAAUUAUAUUGAGCAUUUUCUAUAAAAAUAAAGGAGAUGUCGCCUUUUUAUAAUUUUUUAAAUUUCUAUACGCCUCUUUUUCAAAGUGAUUGACUGUGGAGUGUUACCCACACCUGUCAAGGCUUCAAAAGUAUUGGAAACUCACACGAGGGUGGAUGGCACGGUCCGAUUUAAAUGUACGGAAAAGGGAUACGAGAUCAGUGGUUCAGAAAUAAGAAAGUGUCUCAACACUGGCCUAUGGAGUGGGACAAAAACCAAAUGUACAAGUAAGUUAGGUAGCAAGAAAAAAAGAAAAAAAUGAUCAAUAAAUAAAUAGAUUGAACAUCUUUACUCCAAAAGAAAAAAUAAAAGAACAACUGGAACCUAAAAAGUCAAUUUACUCCCACGGAAAAAUUGUUUUGCCAUCUUAUCUGAACUCUAACUGUAUUAACUUGUAGUUAUCAGCUGUGCAGACCGAGGAUCUCCCAUAAAUGGUAAAAAAGUCAAUGCCAAAAAUAAAUACAACUAUGGAGAUACCUUGAAAUUUGAGUGUAAUGAUAACUACACAUUGGAAGGCAACCGCCAGAUAAAAUGCGAAGAAACUAAAGACUGGAGUGGAGCUCUACCUUAUUGCCGAGGUAACAAUAUUUACAUUAUAAUUCCUCUCAUUUCCUUUCGCAGUUUUUUUUUUUUUGUCAAGACAUGUUUUUUCUUACUUCUCCUUUUUUUCUUUUUUAUGUUCAACGUUUUUCUAUUAAUUGGUAGGUUUUUCCAAUAUGUGACUAUAAAGCUUCAAAAUAGUUUUAUAUGAACUUCUACAUCAUUAUNAGACCGAGGAUCUCCCAUAAAUGGUAAAAAAGUCAAUGCCAAAAAUAAAUACAACUAUGGAGAUACCUUGAAAUUUGAGUGUAAUGAUAACUACACAUUGGAAGGCAACCACCAGAUAAAAUGCGAAGAAACUAAAGACUGGAAUGGAGCUCUAACUUAAUGACGAAGUAACAAUAUUUACAUUAUAAUUCCUCUCAUUUCCUUUUGCAGUUUUUUUUUUUUUGUCAAGACAUGUUUUUUCUUACUUCUCCUUUUUUUCUUUUUUAUGUUCAACGUUUUUCUAUUAAUUGGUAGGUUUUUCCAAUAUGUGACUAUAAAGCUUCAAAAUAGUUUUAUAUGAACUUCUACAUCAUUAUGUCCACGUGUUUCGACAUUUUCCUUUUGAUGUCGCCUAAUUUUCGCGUAAAUUUAGAAUUUCUUUGGCCUAAGAAAAAUAGUUUGAGUUGGCAGAUUGAAAUUUUAUUGAAGCGCAGAUCAUACUACUUAAUGGUAUGAAACCCUUUUCGUUAGGCAUUUUAUUUCGGCUACCACUUCGUAAGCUUUUUGGCGUAACUUCAGUUUUCCGUAUUACAUGAGGAAAGAAAAGCUUAAAACAUUUCAUAAUGCAGUAGAUCUUACUGUUUAAUAUCUUUCCUUGUUAUUUAUUAUGUGCAUCUUAAUUCUCAGUAGCAUAUUCUUUUCACAUGUAUUUAACUAGGAACUAAAAGCAUUAGACUAGGGCUAACGGCCUCAGACUGUAUUAAAACAAUUUGCUUGUAUCUUUUAAAACCAAAUUCAAAAGCCGCUUUUAAGGUGUUGCGAUACAGUUUUUCAGAGGCCAUACCGAUAUUUUUUGUAUCUUUUAAAACCAAAUUCAAAAGCCGCUUUUAAGGUGUUUCGAUACAGUUUUUCAGAGGCCAUACCGAUAUUUUUCAAUCGCUUUAAAAGUGAUUUUAUCCUCGUCUGAUCGCUAUAAAAUUUUCACCAAUGAUUGACUAUAGAUUGAAAUUUGUCAAAAUGUAGGUUUUGGUAAAAUCGUAUUAAUAUGACAACAAUAAAGUUUGGUGUUUAGCAAAUAACCUCAGUAAGAAGUAAAAAAUUCUGUAUGUUUGAAUUCGCCUAAAACGAAAAUAUAUAUCAAACCUUAAAUUUUCAAUAGCCCUGCCGUGAUAGAUUAUUCAAUAAAAACGUCAUAAAUGACUCAAAUUAUUCUUAAGUAGCGUCAUAAUGCUGCUUAAUAUCAUAUUUCGAUGCUAGGAAAUUUUGGUGUAUUUUAGUUCUCGCGAUCUUUAAAACUAACCCGUUUUCUCACCGCCUGUCCAAAUGCAACUACAUUCAAAAUUUGGAAUUUUAGCGCUUUUUCUCUGAAACGACUCGAAUGGUUUUUUUUUUAAAAUCUCUUCACAUAAUCUUCAUAAUGUAUAUGUCUGAAACUUUCUUUAAGAUUGAUUCACUGUAACACCUUGAAAUUUCAAGACAAACCUAUCCUACGAACCAGUCAAAAAUCCGUGCUACAACAUUCACUGUUUUGAUGUUAUGCUAUUUUUUUCAAAUUAAUGCGAACAAUACACAUAUUCAUGACUAGUACAUUUCAGUGUGAGUAUUGUCAUUGCUUUACAUUCAAAGGAUACGAUAAAUUCAAACUAAAAUGUACUAGUCAUGGAGGUAUGUACAGUGCGCAUUAUUUUGGAAAAAUUGCCAUAACGUCAAAAUAGUGAAUGUUGUAACGCAGAUUUUUGACAAGUUCGUAGGAUAGGUUUGUCUUGAAAUUUCAAGGUGUUACAGUGAAUCAAUCUUCAUGAAAGUUUCAGACGUUAUUAUAUACAUUAUGAAGAUUAUGCAAAGAGGUUAUGCAAAUUCAUUCGAGUGGUUUCGGAGAUAUACAAAAAAGCGCUAAAAGUCCAAAUUUUGAAUAAAGUUGCACUUAGACAGGUGGCGAGAAAACGGGUUAGUUUUCAAGAUCGCAAGAACGAAAAUACAGCAAAAUUUCCUAGCAUCGAAAUAUGAUAUUAAGCAGCAUUCUGACGCUACUUAAGAAUAACUUGAGUCAUUUAUAACGUUUUUAUUAAAUAAUCUAUCAUAGCUAUUGAAAAUUUACGGAUUGAAAUAUAUUUUCGUUUUAGUUGAAUUCAAACAUACAGAAUUUUUACUGCUUACGCAGAUUGUUUGCUAAACACCAAUCUUUAAGUUCCCAGUGUUGUAUUUUCAGUAGCCGGUCUAGAUCACACAAAAUUUGGCUUUUAUCAAUUUCAAAGUUUUUGUUUAUUGUUGUCAUAGUAAUAUCGAUUUUACUUAAAACUGUAUCUUCACAAAUUUCAAUCCAUAGCCAAUUACUGGUGAAAAUGUUAUGGCGAUCGGAAAAGGGAAAAACCACUUUUAAGGCGAUUGAAAAAUAUCCGUAUGGCCUCUGAAAAACUGUAUCGAAACACCUUAACAUGAACCGAAUCUAAACGAGAAAGGAACUUCUCUGAGUAAUGUGCUUACAAUCUUCAAUCCAUCGAUCUGAUUUUUACUACACAGCCCCUUGUGCAGAUCCAGGUGUUCCUUAUCAAGGAAACAGAAACUCUCAAGAUUUCCGUCACGGCCGAACAGUUAGAUUCACUUGUCGCACAGAUUACGUCAUGGAGGGUGUGGCAGCAAUAACAUGCAGAGAAGGCAAAUGGAGCAAUAAAAAGCCAAGCUGCAAGGGUACAUUAACAGAGUUUUUAGAUUCCCUUAAAAUAAAAAUAUAUAGAUUUAGCCAGGGCUAAAAGCGAAGCUCCUAUAUAUUAACUCGAAUUUAUAAUUUAAAUCAAACAAUAAACUUGUUUCCACAAUUCAGUUAACUUUGGAGCUUAUUCAUGUGACUUUGGAGGGAAAGGUUAAGUGAUUUUAGAGAAAAGUAAUUUGCAAACAGUACAAGCUAAGAGUGAACUUAAUCUUACAUCGAGUUGAUAGCCUUAUAUGUACACCCAAAAAAUAGCAAUCAUCUUCGAUCAUAUUUAAGAUCGCGGGCUCUUGACGACAGUAGAUUAGGCCUGGAAAACAAAUCAGGCCGAAUUUUUUGCAUUCGACAAGUUUACUUUACAAAAUCUUGCCAACAUGCCUGGGGACGUGUAACCCAACCUUUUAUACUUUUUUACAUCACAUCUGAGAUGAAACAGUACCAUGAGGCGCUGUUUUUAUCAUACAGACCUCGGACAGAACGCAGUAUUUCACAAUUUUGCAAUACAAAUUGCACUCAGUUAAUAUUCAGGACGAUCGAAGCACGUGUGGGCUUUUAGCGAAACCGUUAAAAAAAUUUCCAAAAUCACUUAUACGGCUAGCCGGUUCUCACUUUUGACAAGCGCCAAAGUCGACUGUUUAAAUUAUGAUUAAUAGAGUUAUACGCUUCAACAUAAUAAAUAAUUUAUUACGUUUACUUUUUAUUUAAUGGUUUUAUAACGAUGUGUAAUCGUCAAAGGCGUUUGAUACGCGUGGCAUUUUGACUACUCCUGCAUGCAAGCGAUGUUCAUGAGCGACUGAAAACAAACGGCACGGCGAUAAAAAUUGCAAAAGAGACUACUAACAAUCAAUAAAAGGAAAAUAAUAAUCUCCCAUAAAUGGUAAAAAAGUCAAUGCCAAAAAUAAAUACAACUAUGGAGAUACCUUGAAAUUUGAGUGUAAUGAUAACUACACAUUGGAAGGCAACCGCCAGAUAAAAUGCGAAGAAACUAAAGACUGGAGUGGAGCUCUACCUUAUUGCCGAGGUAACAAUAUUUACAUUAUAAUUCCUCUCAUUUCCUUUCGCGGUUUUUUUUUUGUCAAGACAUGUUUUUUCUUACUUCUCCUUUUUUUCUCAGUUUUUUAUGUUCAACGUUUUUCUAUUAAUUGGUAGGUUUUUCCAAUAUGUGACUAUAAAGCUUCAAAAUAGUUUUAUAUGAACUUCUACAUCAUUAUGUGCACGUGAUUUCGACAUUUUCCUUUUGAUGUCGCCUAAUUUUCGCGUAAAUUUAGAAUGUCUUUGGCCUAAGAAAAAUAGUUUGAGUUGGCAGAUUGAAAUUUUAUUGAAGCGCAGAUCAAACGACUUAAUAGUAUGAAACCCUUUUCGUUAGGCAUUUUAUUUCGGCUACCAGUUCGUAAGCUUUUUGGCGUAACUUCAGUUUUCCGUAUUACAUGCGGAGAGAAAAGCUUAAAACAUUUCAUAAUGCAGUAGAUCUUACUGUUUAAUAUCUUUCCUUGUCAUUUAUUAUGUGCAUCUUAAUUCUCAGUAGCAUAUAUAUUCUUUUCACAUGUAUUUAACUAGGAACUAAAAGCAUAAGACUAGGGCUAACGGCCUCAGACUGUAUUAAAACAAUUUGCUUGUAUCUCUUAAAACCAAAUUUAAAAGCCGCUUUUAAGGUGUUUCGAUACAGUUUUUCAGAGGCCAUACCGAUAUUUUUCAAUCGCUUUAAAAGUGAUUUUAUCCUCGUGUGAUCGCUAUAAAAUUUUUACCAGUGAUUGACUAUAGAUUGAAAUUUGUCAAAAUGUAGGUUUUGGUAAAAUCGUAUUAAUAUGACAACAAUAAAGUUUGGUGUUUAGCAAAUAACCUCAGUAAGAAGUAAAAAAUUCUGUAAGUUUGAAUUCGCCUAAAACGAAAAUACAUAUCAAACCUUAAAUUUUCAAUAGCCGUGAUAGAUUAUUUAAUAAAAACGUCAUAAAUGACUCAAAUUAUUCUCAAGUAGCGUCAUAAUGCUGCUUAAUAUCAUAUUUCGAUGCUAGGAAAUUUUGGUGUAUUUUAGUUCUCGCGAUCUUUAAAACUAACCCGUUUUCCCACCGCCUGUCCAAAUGCAACUACAUUCAAAAUUUGGAAUUUUAGCGCUUUUUUGUAUAUCUCUGAAACGACUCGAACGGCUUUUUUUUUAAAAUCUCUUCACAUAAUCUUCAUAAUGUAUAUGUCUGAAACUUUCUUUAAGAUUGAUUCACUGUGUAACACCUUGAAAUUUCAAGACAAACCUAUGCUACGAACCAGUCAAAAAUCCGUGCUACAACAUUCACUGUUUUGAGGUUAUGCUAUUUUUUUCAAAUUAAUGCGGAAAAUUCGGCUUUUAUCAAUUUCAAAGUUUUUGUUUAUUGUUGUCAUAGUAAUAUCGAUUUUACUUAAAACUGUAUCUUCACAAAUUUCAAUCCAUAGCCAGUUACUGGUGAAAAUUUUAUGGCGAUCGGAAAAGGGAAAAACCACUUUUAAGGCGAUUGAAAAAUAUCCGUGUGGCCUCUGAAAAACUGUAUCGAAACACCUUAACAUGAACCGAAUGUAAACGAGAAAGGAACUUCUCUGAGUAAUGUGCUUAGAAUCUUCAAUCCAUCGAUCUGAUUUUUACUACACAGCCCCUUGUGCAGAUCCAGGUGUUCCUUAUCAAGGAAACAGAAGCGAUCAAGAUUUCCGUCACGCCCAAACAGUUAGAUUCACUUGUCCCACAGAUUACAUCAUGGAGGGUGUGGCAGCAAUAACAUGCAGAGAAGGCAAAUGGAGCAAUAAAAAGCCACGCUGCAAGGGUACAUUAACAGAGUUUUUACAUUCCUUAAAAUAAAAUAACCUAUUGACGAAAUAGAUAUUCUAAUAUCAGAAU